AUGCGCCGGCUAACAACGGGCUCAUCGUCACACAAUGACGUCCUGAAUGUCCCAGGUAACCCCUUUGCGGAGCUCAACGAAGCCCGUCUUGGCACUCUGUACGCGAGUGUUCUGAAGCCAUGCGCGCACAACUACCUUCUUUCCAUUGUAUGUUUCGUCAAGGGAACGUAUUUCGACUUGUUCGGCGUCCUUGCUGAAGGCCAAGAUCGUAGUCUUUCUGUCGCCAUAGUUGUUUUUGAAGGGGUCGUCUUCGAGGUUCACGCUGGAGGCGGCGGUGCUGAGUUCUGCGCUUCGGCUGGGCUUUCAAGGGCCUCCUUCUGA